CGGGACUUUGCGCGGAGCCUUGCGCUCCCGGCUCGGUCGAUCGGUCGGUCGGUCGGUAGCCCUAGGAGGGGCGGAGGUGGGCGCUAUGCCAGCGGGCCCGGGGGUCCCCGGCCGCUAGCCCGGGCCGCCCCAGCCCGCUGGGCACCAUGCCUCCCGGCGGCGGCCGGUCCUUCUCGGCCCGCCCGCUCCUCCGUCGUCCUCCUGGCUCUCCGGGCUGCUGGCGGCGUCCGUGGGCGCCGGUGCCGGGGCUGCUGCUCCUGCUCCUGCUGCUGCUGCUGCUGCCGCCGGCGGCCCGGGGCGGCGGCGAGUACUGCCACGGCUGGCGGGACCCGCAGGGCGGCUGGCGGCCCGGCUUCCAGUGCCCCGAGCGCUUCGACGCCGGCGACGCGGCCAUCUGCUGCGGGGGCUGCACCCUGCGCUACUGUUGCGCCAGCCGCGCCGCACGCCUCGACCAGGGCGGCUGCCACGACCGGCCCGGGCCCGGACACCCCGACCCCGACCCCGCGCACCCCGACCCCCGAGGCCGGGACCCCGGGACCCCCGGCGCCGCAGUGCCCAUCUACGUGCCGUUCCUCAUCGUCGGGUCCGUCUUCGUCGCCUUCAUCAUCGUGGGGUCGCUGGUGGCGGCCUGCUGCUGCCGGUGCCUCCGCCCCAAGCAGGAGCCGCAGCCCAGCCGCGCGCCCGCCGGCAGUCGCCUGAUGGAGACCAUCCCCAUGAUCCCGAGCGCCAGCACCUCCCGCGGCUCCUCCUCGCGACAGUCCAGCACGGCCGCCAGCUCCAGCUCCAGCGCCAACUCGGGGGCCCGGGCGCCCCCCGCCAGGUCGCAGACCAACUGCUGCCUGCCGGAGGGCACCAUGAACAACGUGUACGUCAACAUGCCCACGAACUUCUCUGUGCUCAACUGCCAGCAGGCCACCCAGAUAGUGCCCCACCAAGGGCAGUAUCUCCACCCGCAGUACGUGGGCUACACCGUGCCCCACGACUCCGUGCCCAUCACCCCCGUGCCGCCCUUUCUGGACGGCCUGCAGCCCGGCUUCCGGCAGAUACAGUCCCCCUACCCUGCCCACGCCCAGGGUGAACAGAAGAUGUACCCGGCCGUGACGGUGUGACGCCCCGGAGGCCGGGUCUCCCAAGGAGGAGCCUCCGGGUGGGAGGCGUGAGCUCGGAGUCGGGGAAGGGAGACACCGCCCCCCCCCCCCCGCCUCCAACCGUGAGACGGGGUCUGCGAGCCUUCCCUUCCGCGCCCGGGGAAGGGAUCCCCGCGUCGACGUUUCCCACCGUGCGCUGCUGAGCAGUGCUGAGGCGGAUGCGUGCUUCCCGUCCUGAUGACCUGCAGGCGGGCGACCCCCAAGAACGUCAUCGCCUGGCAGCUGAGGUGGCGUCUCUUCCUCGGACUCGGAUCAGUACGGGGUCCGUGUCCCCCUCCGCGCCCC